AUGCCCCCAAUCGCCAAAGGAGACCUCGUACUCAUCACCGGCGCCUCUGGCUUUGUAGCCGCUCACAUCACUGAAGAGUUGCUUCGCAGUGGCUACAGAGUCCGAGGUACGAAUGGAGCUUUGGAUGAAGCAGUCAAGGGAAUCGAUGCUGCGAUCCACCCUGCCACACCUUGUACCACGACAGGUACUGUUACUGGGGAGUUUAUUGGACCAGCCGUGAAGGGUACCACCGAGCUGCUGUACGCCUUGCAGAAGUAUGCAAUUUCCGAGGGCCCGAAAACCCUGAGCCUUGGCAGUAUGUCUCCCAUGAUGGCCACAAGCCCUGUGCUGACGCCUGAUUGCAGCGAGACAAGCGCCGACUGGAAUGUGCAAUCAGUGGCGUACAUCGAAAUCAACCCUCCCUCCGACCCCAUGUGGGGUGUUCAUGCUUACAUGGCCAGUAAAGUCAAGGCUGAGCAAGCAUUUUGGCAGUUUAUGGAAGUCCAUAAACCGACCUGGCAGGGCGCCGUCAUUGACCCUCCAUGGGUCUUUGGUCCCGUAUUGCAUGAUUUCAAAGACGUCGCUUCCCUCAACUUGUCAUCUAAGCUUUCCUGGGAUUGGGUGUCUGGAGAGAAGGGAGAGAAGGAUUUACCGGUGCCUAUCGUUGGGGGUUGGGUCGACGUGAGAGAUGUCGCGAUUGCCCAUGUCAGGGCCCUUGAAAGACCUCAAGCCGCAUCUCAACGAUACAUUGUCUGCGGUGGGGAGCUUGCGGGCCAACACUGGGUUGACGUGCUUCACGCCCACUACCCUGAUCACCCGCUCAUCAAGAAGAAUGCCCCGGUGGGCGUGGAGGGUAGCGGUGAUGAGGCGAUCAAGGCUCUCAAUACGCAUGACCAGGUGACGGCACAAGAAGCGCUCGGGCUAGAGUAUACGAGCUUGGAACAGUCUACCAAGGACAUGUUUGAAACUAUUGCAAAGAAGCUCGGGGUGUUUGAGGAUGCCUCUGCCUGGCUGCUGCCUAGAUGA